CAGCCUGCAAAUCACCAAGUCGGCACUCCCUAUUGAAACCAUGCAUCUUCUUUACCAGAGUAGGAAUGGAGCAUUGUCAUUACUAGUGCUCCUAUUGCAACAGACACGAGCUAUCGCAGCGGCAGUACCGUCUCCAUUCCAGUGCGCUUGGAUCCCAGAAGGACCACUAUCACCUGAACAGUUACCAACCAACAUUUGCCCGGUAAUAACCGACGAUGUUACCGCCUCCGAGUCUGGAACCUGGGAGCCUUGGACGUCUCCCCCGCUCUGCGUUCAUCCACCGGCAUCUCAGCCACGAAAGCCAAAGUAUUGCGUAUAUACACACGCCUCGUUCGCCGGAAGCCAUGGAAUGAGCAUUAUAACCACGCCCACUAUCGCCGCCAUAGUCGCACCUCUUGUCCACGGCAUCGACCCAACCUGGGCGUCGUGGCAGUCGAAACGGCUGCCCCGGAUGGAGCCGAGGGACCCCGCACCGUAUAUGGUGGUGGAUAUCCCCGGGAAGGGCAAAGGCGUCGUGGCAACCGCCAACAUCCUCAAGGGUGAGCUGUUGUUUCGCGAGCGGCCGGUGCUGGUCGAGACUAUGGCUCGGCCAAAGUACUUGGGAGCGAAGCACCAUAGCAAGCUGCUCGAGCGGGCGUGGACGAGGCUUCCUCCGUCGAAACGUGAUGCCGUCUUGGGGCUGUCGCACCACUCAGGAGCCCAUGUGCUGCGCGGGAUCAUGGAUUCGAACACGUUUGGCAUGACCCUGAAUGGGGUUCCACACUCUGGCUUGUUUCCAAGGAUUUCGGCGGUAACUCUGGAUAACAAAUCAACACUUGAAUUGGAAGUUGUUGCAUAUAGGGACAUCGCGGCUGGCACUGAGCUUGGCGUUAGUUAUACACCGCUCAAUAUGCUAUCCCGCGACCGGCGCCAAGUGCUCCUCGGAUGGGGUUUCAACUGCACUUGUCAGCUGUGCAGCGCACCAUCCCGCAUCCUCGAGACCUCUGACGCCAACAGGCAGCAAAUCCAACUCAAGCUGGACGAGCUAGACGAAGUCCGGCAGGCCAUACAUGGUGGCAGGAGGGAUGUCGUUGAGCGUAUCAUGAAGGACAUUCUUUCACUCAUGGAUGAUGAGGGCAUGGAAGCGCAGCGUGGUGACGUGUAUGGCAUUGCGGCUCAAGUGCUACUGGACAUGGGAGAUCGGGAUGGCGCGAGAGAUUAUGGUCACAGGGCGGUCGAUGCGCUUGGAGAAUAUGCGGGGAUAGAUAGUGAAAGGACGGAAGAGGCUGCUGUGUUUCUGGAAAGACUGGAUAAACGUUGA